GCGGAGGCUGCUCCUCUCCUCACCUCCUCUGCGCGCGCUGGACACAGAGGAGCGCGUUUCUCUGGAUCCCCUCCUCCUCCUCCUCCUCCUCCUCCUCCGAGCGGAGUUCAGCCGCCGCUGCGCUCUUUUCUUUUGUUGCUGAACGCAGCCCUCCAGGCCGGUCCCUUCCCCCUCGCCCUCCUUCCCUCCUCUUUCCUUUUUUUCCACCCAUCCUCCCAUCGCUCUGUUUCAUCCAGGGUGACGCCAGUCCCUCUCACCCCGCCCCGUUCAACUCAGUCCACCGCGUUCAUUUCAUUCCUGCUCCCAUUCCGCGCAUAUUUCGCAUCCUUGGAGAGACGCUGCGCAUUUUACGCACUCCGCGCGCCCGAUCCGUCUUCAGAGCCGAACCGAGAGGGCCACUCUGGAGUUGGCGGAAGCUUUCCCGACUCUGAUCCGAGGGAAAGCGUGGGGAAUAAUCCAGAAAGAGGCGUUUGGAUCGAGGUUUACACCGUCUGCCCUCCACCGGCCUGCUGCCUUCCAUUGUCUUCACUGCUGAAGCUGCCGUUACAGAAGCAGCGGCUAACAUUAGCCCUCGAUUUAUAGUGCUCCGCCUCUGGCUGCCCCACACUGUGAAUUAAUAGCUGCCAUUAUCAUCAGUUUAAGCUCGAGUUUAUCAGUGGCGCUGCAGUGGUCAUCACAACACUGUUAAAGGUGCUGAACACCCAUCAGCUUUACUAUGGAGCGCAGCUGGAGCGGCAGUGAGAGUCCAGGAGAGGACAUGGACAGACUGAGUGACUCGGGAGGAGACAAGACCAUGGACGGAGACCCCGAGGGGGUCUGGAGUCCAGACAUCGAGCAGAGCUUCCAGGAGGCCCUGGCUAUCUACCCUCCCUGUGGGAGGAGGAAGAUCAUCCUCUCAGAUGAAGGAAAGAUGUACGGACGAAAUGAGCUGAUAGCCAGAUACAUCAAACUGAGAACAGGCAAGACGCGGACGAGGAAGCAGGUAUCCAGUCAUAUCCAGGUUUUGGCCAGAAGAAAAUCCCGGGAGUUUCAGUCCAAACUGAAGGACCAGAACGCCAAGGAGAAGGCUCUGCAGAGCAUCUCGUCCAUGUCCUCGGCUCAGAUCGUCUCCGCCACGGCCAUACACAGCAAGCUGCUGCCGGGAAUCGUACGCGCCGGCUUCCCGGGCAACGCACAGCUGUGGCAGGGCAUGAUUCCUGGAGGACAGUCCAGCUCCGCCACAGAAGACAUCAAGCCGUUCUCCCAGCAGGCCUUCUCUGUGCAGACAGCGGGGACCACCAACAUCUCAGCGUACGAGCCUCCUGCUGCAGCACAAACACACCGUGAGCCGGCAUGGCAGGGUCGCUCCAUCGGCACCACCAAACUACGGCUGGUGGAGUUUUCAUCGUUCCUGGAGACGCAGAGGGACCAGGAGGCAUACAACAAGCACUUGUUUGUGCACAUCAGCCAGAGCAGCCCGAGCUACAGCGACCCCCUCCUGGAGUGCGUGGACAUCCGGCAGAUCUACGACAAGUUCCCGGAGAAGAAAGGAGGCCUUAAGGAGCUGUUCAGCAAGGGCCAGCAGAACGCCUUCUACCUGAUCAAGUUCUGGGCGGACCUGAACUACAACGUGCAGGACGACCCGGCGGCCUUCUACGGCGUGACCAGCCAGUACGAGAGCUCCGAGAACAUGACCAUCACCUGCUCCACCAAAGUCUGCUCCUUUGGCAAGCAGGUCGUGGAGAAGGUGGAGACGGAGUACGCCCGCUUUGAGAACGGACGCUUCGUCUACAGAAUCAGCCGCUCCCCCAUGUGUGAAUACAUGAUCAACUUCAUCCACAAGCUGAAGCACCUGCCGGAGAAGUACAUGAUGAACAGCGUUCUGGAGAACUUCACCAUUCUGCUGGUGGUGAGCAACAGAGACACUCAGGAGACGCUGCUCUGCAUGGCGUGCGUGUUCGAGGUGUCCAACAACGAGCACGGCGCGCAGCACCACAUCUACCGGCUCGUCAAGGAAUAGCAGCCGCUCCGGUUCUGGCCUUUUUCCUGCUGAUCCGGCCCCGUCGGAGGAACACUGUCCUGAAGCAACUCCAACAACACUUUUGAGUCCGAGCGACCGAGGACAUGGCUGCAUUUCCACUGCCGGUUCUGGAGGAUCACUGUGACUUCGCAGCACAAACGGACCCGCUCAGAAAUGAUAACUGCAAGCUGACGAGCUCAUUCGCUGUGAGAGUGCAGCCAUGGAAACCCGUCAGAACCCAGCUGGGCGGUUUUCCCAGGAAUAUCCGGACUUUCCUAUCUCCAGGAGGUAAUCGGUUCCUUCCCGUCUGUGCGCCUCGCCGCUGCCGUGAUAUUUCUGUCGGGAAAAGGCAGCUCCUCUGAAGGUCAGACCCCUUGUGUCGUCAGUAGCCGAAGGAGGACGGUCCCGUGAUCCGGAGUGCGUUCAAUAUGUGUGCGGCGGCUCGCACAGAAACAGGAGGCUCGUCCCAAAGACAAAACAAACAAAAAAAUCACACUUUUCCUUUUUUCUUUUAAAAAAACGUCUAAUCUUUGGGAAAUUGUUUAUGAAUAGAAGCAUAUAGACUAUAUUUCCAGUCCAGGAUUCCUAUCUAAAAUUUAUGAGAACUAGUCAAUAAAUUCAGGUACUUUUCUGAGCAACAGGUGGUUCAGGAGUGAAAAGAGACUUUCUGAUUCGUGGAAAAGCACUGUGAACUCAAACCUACUCAGUUGCUGGUUCUGACCCAGAUCCCCCGGCUGUGGAACCGGCCGAGCCUUAGCGCGUCCGUGCUGCCAAAACCCUUCAAGCCUGAAAUGCUGCUCCAGCUCCCGCAGUCUCCUUCAGCUCCAUCAGAAACCAAAAAGCUCCUGUUGGAGUGACGGCGGGCCUGCGUCCCGCUCCGCGCAGGAAGUGCCUUUGGCUGCCAACAGCAGCAGACUGGUCUGUUUGGCGGCAGUGCCGGUGGUUCGGUGUUGUACGUGUGUAGAGCUUUUUAGUGGCUUUGACUCCGUUCUCAGUGUUUCAGUGCAGAUUUCAUAUUUAGUGGUUGUUUUUUCUUGUUGACGCUCGGCACCAAAAAAAAAAAAAUCCUGACACUGUUUCUUUCGUCGACCUGUUUUAAUGCCACACAGAGCUGAGUGUUUGAUGUCGUCUGCUGCCGUUCUUACAAAUGUGGAUGUUGGAAAAGCGGGAUUUGUGGGAACAAACCUGCGUCAGGCCUGACCUUUGUAGAGGUUAAAGGAGGGCAGCGCCGCUGUCACGUCUGCUGAGUCUUCAUCGCAUUAAGCUUAAAGUAAAUCUGAAUUUUCUGCAAAGAUUUGAUAAGAGAGUUUUCAGGAAAUGCAAAAAAAUUCAGUACUUUUUUCCUUAAGUUUUAUUUGAUAUUUUUUAGAAACCAGAUUCACAAAAAAUCUUUUUACAUUUUUAAAAAUCAGAGGCUUUUCUGGUAAAGAAAUAUUUAAAAUAGUAUCCAUCGGCUUAAAUCUUUGUGUUUAAAUAAAACAGAACAUUUUUACAGUUAGAUGUGUAUAAAUACAGUUUUUCACAUGGAAAAUUCUGUUUUGUGAUGACAGACUUGUAGGUUAGUGUCUGGUGUGUUUCUGAGUUAACAAAAAUCAUUAAAUCGAUUGAAAUUUAACUGAUAAAUAAUUGAUUCAUAAUAAUAUAAAUCGAUUUAGCACAUAAAGCUAAAUUCCACUAGCUUGAUGCUAACGUUUAAUGCAAUUUCCCAUAAGACGGCUAAUGCUAACGUCUGUCGACCUAAACACACAUUCCUGAAUAAAUUAACAUAUUUAUUUACUUAGAGGCAUUCAUUUAACAAACUCUUUGAAGGAAAUAUUUUUAAAGUAACUUGUUGUGGUGUGGAAAAAAAAAAUUUUUUUUUUCUUCUUCUUCUGAAAUAAGGUGUAAUUCUUUAGCGCGAUCGCCCCCUAGUGGUCCAACUGAAAAGCCCUCCAGGAGAAGUAGAACAAUUGUUGGAGCUUCUUUGUUUGAAAAUCCAUGUAACACUGUAUUCAAUAAACAAUCUCAAUAUUUCACUAAUGCAUUUUAUAGUAUGUGAACUGGAUCAAAUUAAUAUAAAUGUAUUCAAAACAUAUAUAUAGAUUAUUAAUGUAUCUCUAAACAAAUGUGUAAACCAUGAAAACUCAAAAAUAAAUGGAUCAAAAGAAUAACAAUUGCAAAAAAUAUAUCAGAAUUGAAUCAAUCCAGGCUCUGGGGAAUCAAAUCAAAUGAAAUUGAAAUUAUUGAUAUCCUUUAGUCUGGAUUUUUAAAUAAAACUUUAUUAACAGGUUUCUGUAGAAAGCACCUGCAGACGUGACGGUGGCGUGACGGCUCUCUGCAGGAAACACGUGCAGCUCAGGACAAACAUGCCGAGGCGUCCAGGUAACAGUCGCUCACACUCCUGUGCCGUCAGAACUCUGGAAAUGUUGUCCGAGGAGCGAAGAGUCCGAACUCGCAGGGUUCUGCUUCUGUCCGAAAAGCCUGAGAGAUAAAAAUGACUUCAGUUCAUUCUGGCUUUAAAAAAUAAAAACCAGCAUCCCCCCCUCCCCCCCUCCCCUCACGCCAUGUAGCACACUAGCGAGAAGCUCACAGACAACCUGGAAGCUGCAUCCGGACAUCAUCUCCGCCGGCUCACCAAAGACAGUGGACCCCCCGUAACCGUGGCAACGAGCAGACUGAAGCAGCCCCCCCGAGCGCUCCGUCACUUCUGAACGUGGUCUUGUGUUUGUUGGAAGUUAACUCUGUAAUCGUCCCAGAAUGGCCUUGAAUCUUCUUGCUCCCCGCCUGAGCGCCGAGGGUUUCCACGAGGUGCUUUGUAUAAAAGUGACAAUAACCUUUAUUACAGAUGUUGUGUAUAUCUUUAAUAUUCGAAUGUUUAUCCUAUUUUGUGAAGAAGAAGAGAGCGUUUAGAAAAAAAAAUGCAGACGCCAGUAACGUUGGUUCAGCACAGGGUCUGAUCUUUGCUUUCUAACCCCCUCCCCAAUAUGGCUAAAAGUAUGUUAGAUAUUUUCUAGCUUUGUAGAGACUUUGUACGCAUAUAUGCUAUUCAGUUUAAAUAAAUGGUCAGUUCUAAACUGUG